AUGUUGGACCACAUCCGAGAUAUCGAGAGUUCGCCCCAUAUCGACUACCAUCAUUCCGACGAUGGCAAGCCAAUCAUCGAGCCACAACUGAACGUCGGUGGUCAUGGCGCUACCCAGCGCCGUCUCAGGGACUAUCAUGUCACCAUGAUUGGUUUUUGUUCUGGAAUAGGGACGGGACUUUUCAUUGGAACCGGCUCUGCAUAUGCAGAUGCUGGACCGGCAGGGUUGUUGCUUGCCUACAUCGUUGUCGGGAGUGUCUUAUGGUGUGUCAUGCAAAGUGUUGCAGAACUGGCUACGGUGAUUCCUACUGCUGGCUCAUUCCCACAUUUCGCGAGCCGCUUCAUUGACCCAGCUGUCGGAUUCUCCUUGGCUAUAAGCUAUGGUUAUUGCUACACUAUAUCCAUCGCCGCCGAAUGCUCGGCAUCCGCAAUCCUGGUCGGCUACUGGACUGACAUGUCACCUGCUAUUGUCAUUACCAUCAGUCUUGUCCUCAUUCUCGCAAUUAAUCUGCUUAGCGUGCGUUGGUUUGGUGAAUCGGAAGUCGCUGCAGGUACGAUCAAGAUCGCGUGCUUCCUGGGUCUGAUCCUGGUUUCUAUUGUCAUAACGACCGGAGGCGCACCAAACGGCGAGACCAUUGGAUUCCGCUAUUGGAACAACCCCGGAGCCUGGGUAGAUUACAAUGGCAUCACUGGACCAACGGGUCACUUUCUAGGAUUCCUGGCAUCGUUCGUCAACGCGGCGUUCUCCUUCAUAGGCGUCGAGGUGGUGGUUAUUACAGCUGCCGAGAGCAUCAACCCUCACGUUGCCAUCCCAAAGUCGGCCAAACGCGUUACAUUCCGAAUCGCCCUGUUCUAUGUUCUGGGUGCUCUUCUUAUUGGAAUCAUUGUCGACCCUAGGAAUCCCGGUCUCGUAUCAGACAGUGGAAAUGCCAACUCUUCACCUUGGGUCAUCGCCAUCAAGCAGGCAGGCAUCAGCACCCUCCCUUCGAUUGUGAAUGCCUGCAUUCUCAUAUCUGCCUGGUCGGCAGGUAACUCUUAUUGUUGGGUCGGAUCCCGUAUCAUCGUUGCGAUGACCACGGACCGCCAACUCCCACAAUUCUUUGGCCGUACCUGGAGCAACGGCGUACCGUACUGGGCGGUCCUCGCUUCUUGGGCUUUUGGGCCUCUCGCAUAUCUCAGUCUGGGUUCUGGUGGUGCUGCACAAGCUUUCGGCUGGUUAGUCAGUCUUAGCACUGUUGCGGGAUUGAUUGCCUGGGCGACAUUAUGUUUCUGCUUCAUCCGCUUCUAUGCUGCCAUGAAAGCGCAGGGACACAGUCGAGACAGCUUGCCUUGGAAGAGCCCGUUCCAGCCUUUUACCGCAUGGUAUGGGUUCAUUGGGUCCACUAUCAUUACUUUGAUUACAGGAUUCCCUGUGUUUUUGAAAGGGAACUGGAGUACGGGUGAUUUCAUCGCCUCGUACAUUGGCAUACCACUUUUUAUAGUGCCAAUCAUUGUCUGGAAGCUGUGGCAUAAGACACAAUUUGCGCGUGCCAAAACCAUUGAUCUACAUUCUGGACGUCUUCGGUAA